AUGAGAUUUCAGAAAAGUGCUGUACUCUUUUUAGUCUUGCUCAUAUUUUUGGAAUGUGAAGCUUUUCGAACGGGAAGAAUUCCUGAAGAUCAGGAGACUGUGGAAGUCUUGGAUGAAGAUCAAGAGUCAGGAAUCAGAAAUCAGGAAUCUGAAGACGAAGAUCAAGAUCAGGAGACUGUGGAAAGAUCGGAUGAAUCUGAAGACAAAGAUCAAGAUCAGGAUAACCCUCAGGAGUCAGGAGUCAGAAAUCAGGAAUCUGAAGAUGAAGAUCAAGAUCAGGAGAACCCUCAGGAAUCAGGAGUCAGAAAUCAGGAAUCUGAAGACGAAGAUCAAGAUCAGGAGAACCCUCAGGAAUCAGGAGUCAGAAAUCAGGAAUCUGAAGACGAAGAUCAAGAUCAGGAGAAUAAUCAGGAAUCAGGAGUCAGAAAUCAGGAAUCUGAAGACGAAGAUCAAGAUCAGGAGAACCCUCAGGAAUCUGAAGAAGAUCGAUCAGCAGAAAUCAAUUCCGAGCUAAAAAACUUUGAAAAAGAGCUCGAUAAAAAUACACUGUCUUCAAAUUAUCCGCAACUCUUUCAUCCUCAUAAAAAAUACAAACUUCUGAGCACAAUCCACGAAAAUCAUCCAAAAAUCAUAGGAGAAGGAAAAAAUUGGCUGGAAAAAGUGGGACGAAAAAUUGAGGAAUUUCUAUCGGGAAGAGAUUUUGAUGAAGAAGAUGCGGAGCAAAAAUCGAAACUAUUUCAUAAUACUUCAGAACAUUUACUGGAGAUUUUGGAAACUUGUUUGCAAAUUUAUCAUCCAAUGUUGGAAUUGGGAGCAAAGAAAUCGAAAUUGUCGAAAUUUUGUUUGGAACAAGUUGCGAAACAGAGAUUAGAAGAGGUUCAGGAGCUACAUAAAAUUCAACAAAAAAAAUCAAUCAGGCCGAUAAAAGGAUGCGGAAAGCCCCUUGUGUUCUGCAUAAUUGAUGCAAAACAAAUGAAGGACAAAAUGAAAAAAAGAAUAUCGAUUGAAUUAUGA